GUGUGGCAGACAAGAGACGCGCUAAGUUGUUGAGAACUAUAAACCAACUUUGUGUAUUAAUUAUUUUGUAAUAAUGGAGUUCGGUAAUUCAGCGAUGGAUCCUAAUUUAAAUGCAGAGAUUUACAGAAACAUGACUCCCGCCGAUAUACCGCCGAAUGUUGAUCGGCAUCUGCAGUUCAUCUUAGUUUCUGACGGUAUUGGCGCGAUAUUAGGUGCGAGUAAUAUGACUGACCGUUAUUGGAAUGGCACUGUCUGGUAUUACAAGGAUCAUACCGACUUCAAUAGAGAUAAAGCAACAACCGCUAUGAAAACUGAAAGUGGUGUAUGCGAUGGUGCAUGCUUAAAUGGAACUAACAAAUUUGUAAUCUGUGAGGACAGUGGAGUUCUUCAGAUUCUUAGUAUAAAUGAGAUGGCUGAUACGCAUAGCUAUGAAUUACAGUGUUUAGGAUACUCAUUUGAACAUGAUGAUGCCAUCACCUCCAUAUCAGCCUUUGAUGGAAACACCCGUCUAGUUACAGGAGGAAUGGAUUAUUGUGUAAAAGUUUGGGAUAUGGUCGAGUUGUACUCCAGUCAUACGUUUAGUCCAGCUCAUACGGAUACAGUGACUUGCGUACAAGCCCAACCCAAAUCUACAGAUGUCUUUGCAUCUACUUCUCUUGAUCACGAUGCAUUACUAUGGGAUCUCAGGCAACCAAAGCCAGCCAGCAGUAUAAUCAAAAAUGUUGAAUGUGGACUGACUGCAGCAGCCUGGAACCCGAAAAAUGUACAUGAACUUGUGAUUGGAGAUGCAGAUGGUAGAAUUUUAGUGCAUGAUGUCAGGCAAUCAAAUAGUGAACCUGUUUUCCAAAACCCUCAAGCUUUUUCCAGAGGAGUAUACAGGCUUUUAUUCAAUUCAGCCAGAAACGAACACCUUGCUGGAUGCUGUGAUAGUACAGAGGUGAAGGUGUUUGAUACAAGCAACAAGAUGGACGUGAUAUACGAAAAUAAGAACCAUCGUGACUUUGUUCGUGGAUUGGCAUGGGACCGCAACUGUCUACUAACAGCUUCCUGGGAUAACACUGUUCUAGAACACGCGAUAUCUUCUUGAUGCUGAUUUGUACAUUAAAUUACUCGAUACGGAACCGAAAACUUGGCAAAUAAGUCAUUCUUUCUGUUAACUCGUUGCUUCGUUAAUUAUCAUCUGAAUCAGUGCCCUAACACUGUAAGAUACUGGUUAUUUCAUAAAUUUUUAAUAAAUGCUUUUAAUAAAUGCAACA